GGGAGAAGAGGAGGACCAGACGAAGAGGAGUGCAGAGGGAGAGAGAGAGAGAGAGAGACGGAGAGCGUGGAGCUUCGAGGAGAAGCCCGUCCGAUCUUGGGAAGGUCGAAGAGGAAAUUGUAGCAGCGGAAGGCGAACAGCAGCAGCAGACAUGUCUGCCCGGAAGGCCUUGGCCGCAGCUCUGCGGUCGGGAUCGAGGAGAGUCGCUUCCGGGAACAGAUCGAAGCCGGCAGGGAGCCGAUCUUUCACCGAUGCUGCAAAUCAGGGCAGGGCUGCCAAUCGGAGAGAGCUGAUCAAUGCGGUGAACAGAGGCUUGACCCGACCUUUGAUGCUCAAUCGCGCUCUCGGGGCUUGCAACAACAGGAUUUACUCCACCGAGGUGUCCACAGAUGCCGCGUUUACCGGUGCCGGAAGUGUUGGCGCUGUCUCCACUGUCAUUGGAGCCGUUGUGGAUGUUAAGUUCGAGAAGGGGCUUCCCCCAAUUCUCACUGCGUUGGAGGUUCAGGAUCACAAUAUCAGGCUUGUGCUCGAGGUUGCUCAGCAUUUGGGAGAGAACACCGUCCGAACCAUCGCUAUGGACUCCACUGACGGUCUUGUACGUGGACAGAAGGUGCUCAACACCGGAUCUCCCAUCAAGAUUCCCGUUGGGAGGACCACUUUGGGACGUAUUAUGAACGUUAUUGGUGAACCCAUCGAUCAGUGCGGAGAAUUUGAUACAUCACAGCUUCUCGCCAUCCACAGAGAGGCACCUCCGUUCGUGGAACAGAGUGUCGACCAAGAAAUUCUGGUCACUGGUAUCAAGGUUGUGGAUCUUCUUGCUCCAUACCAGCGUGGAGGCAAGAUUGGUCUCUUCGGAGGAGCAGGAGUCGGAAAGACUGUGCUUAUCAUGGAACUGAUCAACAACAUUGCCAAGGCUCAUGGUGGUUUCUCUGUGUUUGCUGGUGUCGGUGAGAGAACCCGUGAGGGUAACGAUUUGUACAAGGAGAUGAUUGAGAGUGGUGUCAUCAAGCUAGGCGACAAGCAGGCCGAGAGCAAGUGCGCGCUCGUGUACGGUCAGAUGAACGAGCCCCCUGGUGCCCGUGCCCGUGUUGGACUUACUGGACUGACCGUUGCCGAGUACUUCCGUGAUGUUGAAGGUCAAGAUGUGCUGCUUUUCAUCGACAACAUUUUCCGUUUCACUCAGGCCAACUCCGAGGUGUCUGCUUUGCUUGGACGUAUCCCGUCAGCUGUGGGUUACCAGCCUACUUUGGCCACUGAUUUGGGAGGUCUCCAAGAACGUAUUACCACCACAAGGAAGGGUUCCAUUACCUCAGUGCAGGCUAUCUACGUGCCUGCUGACGAUCUGACAGAUCCUGCUCCCGCUACCACUUUCGCUCAUCUUGACGCUACAACUGUCUUGUCCCGUGAAAUUUCUGAGAUAGGUAUCUACCCUGCUGUGGAUCCUCUCGGUUCAACCUCCCGAAUGCUUUCUCCCCGUGUUUUGGGAGAGGACCACUACAAGACCGCCCGUAACGUUCAGGAAGUUUUGCAGAGUUACAAGAACUUGCAGGAUAUUAUCGCUAUUUUGGGUAUGGACGAGCUCAGUGAGGAUGAUAAGAUGACAGUCGCUCGUGCCCGUAAGAUUCAGCGUUUCUUGAGUCAGCCCUUCCACGUCGCCGAGGUCUUCACCGGUUCACCUGGAAAGUACGUGGACAUCAAAGAGAACAUCGUCAGUUUCCAGGGUAUCUUGUCAGGAAAGUAUGAUGACCUGUCGGAGCAGUCCUUCUACAUGGUUGGAGGUAUUGAAGAGGUCGCCGAGAAGGCCGAACGAUUGGCAAAGGAAGCCGCAGGAGGAAACUAGAAACUUUACUCAUCUUUCCAAACACUCCCCUCAACAGAAAUCAGACUUGAGGACUUGUAAAAGGUCAUUGAUAUAUAGAAAGCUUCUAGCAGGUUUGUACAAAGGGAAUUCCCAGGGGCAAGUUUUGCAUACCACAAUUGUUGCCAUCGAUUCAAAUAGCUUUAGGCACCUGCCGAGAGUUUCAGCAUGAGGCUGUUGCCCUGGAAUCCUUUUCUCUGCUUCUAGUUUUCCCUUGUUUACCAUGGGAAUAAUACGUGGUCGGUUUUAAAUACUGAUUACUCCUGGGUUCGCCUUCGUGACCUCGACAUUGAUUGUAGCCCGCCCUGGAUCAAUCCAGGGUGGCAAGCAGAUCUUGAACUGAAUUUUUGAUAAUCGUCGUAUCAAUGGACUUGAUGUGUACGCUUUCCAACUCAAACUGGUCCCGACUUGUGCCCUACGUGGCUUUUUACGUCGACUCAUUCGUAGCGAGCAUCGAUCUGCAAUUUGAUGAGUAAAAAAUGGUCAAUUCAACUGACUCCACUUACGAGUCGAUGUUCGGCAUGUUGCAGCCUUCGUUUCCACGUGCAGUGCAGUCAUAGUUGGUAGCUGCUUACGAUUAGUCUUGUUUAUAGCCAGAAACAGUGUCGGUAUUGUUUCAGAAAGAGUAGCAACGCAAUGUUUAUGAGCUGGUUCGCGCAUGGCUACAGGAUUGUGCCCUUUACGUUUGUGUAUCUUGGUAGCCCUGCUGGCUUGUGUUAAUGACGAAGGCCGCCAUCCAGGCGAGAGUUGUUUUUGGGUUU